AUGCCCCGAGCAGAAGCACUAACGCCUCUCUCCCUUCUCAAACAGAUUCUCCUUCUACAGACGAUAUACUACACGAUUAUCCUCAUUCUGGUUGGGUUUUCGUGUUGGGUUUCUGGAGAUGCAUUCAAUUUGGGCCUCAUUUUCGAUUGGCAUUCUGUUCGGUUUGAUAAUACUAUCGGAUGGACGAUAAGUAUGCUGUGGUUGAUCGAUACCGUGUUUACAGUGUUGGCAAUGACAGUCAUUGUGGGACGAUCCAAGCUUGCUUUGGACUUCACAGUCACCCUGCAUGUUAUUAACAUAAUUGUUUCCACUAUCUACACCCGUGCCCUGCCUACCAAUGGCUUGUGGUGGUUGAUCCAGGCUACCUCGACGGUGCUGAUGACUAUCCUUGGUACUUGGACUAGUCAGUGGAGAGAGCUGCGCAAGACUUUCUUCGAAGAGGGCUACGAGAUGGUAAGCAGAAACACCAACCAGCCAUCGAACCCUGUCUAA